AUGGACGUGGACACUCCCGAUGUCGAAAGGCAGAGCGCCGGUUCAUCACCAGAUACCCAAUAUUCGCCAAACUCUUCAGCUCUCCAACCAUAUGCAGAACAAGAUUCACUAAUGACCAUAACCACUACGGAUUCUACGUCUUCCUUCCCCAUUUCUACACGCGGGUCGCUCAAUUCACCAAGCGCCUUGCUGUCCCCGGUGACCACGCUGACAAGAGCUUCCACCCGCCCAGCGCCAGCCUCGGACAGAGCACUUGCUGCUUUGAGCCUUGCUUUAGCCAAUGGGGCUGGUAGCAUCGCGGACUAUUCUGCUGUACAGCGGUAUCAAGAGGGGCUUCAAGCGGACAGCUACGAUAUUGGUGAUUUGUGGCGUUAG